AGCUGUCUGUGAGAUAUGCAGAGCCUGCUGCUGUACCUGCUGUGCUUCUGUACUGUGCUCAGGUACACAAAUGCAGCUGCAGAUCUCAAUGACUGUGCAGCUUCUGGGAGCAUUUGCCACACCAAUGCAGAAUGCCUCAAAACACGUGAUGAUAAUUUUGUCUGCAUAUGCCUAAUGGGGUACAGGGGAAAUGGUGUGCAGUGCCAGGACAUUGAUGAAUGCACUAUGGUUUUCCACAGCUGCCACAGUAAAGCAAGCUGCAUUAAUACACUGGGCAGUUAUAGUUGCUCCUGUCAAAGCGGUUAUUCAGGCGAUGGUUUCCAAUGCCAAGAUAUUAACGAGUGUGUCACUAAUAAUGGCGGUUGUCAUGUCAACGCAUUUUGCAGUAACGGAGAAGGAGGAAGAGAAUGCACUUGCAAACCGGGCUUCAGCGGAAAUGGCUAUCAGUGCACUGAUAAUAACGAAUGCACUCGGCUGGGAAUCUGCCACUGGAAUGCCACCUGCAUCAACAGCCCUGGCUCUUACAUGUGCACAUGCAACAUGGGCUACAAGGGCAAUGGAAAUUAUCUCUGCCUAGACAUAGAUGAGUGUUCGGAGAGUCCUGGUGUAUGCUCCACUUUCAGCGGAUACAAAGGCUGCCGGAACUUGCCAGGAACCUACAGCUGCAUCUGCAACAUCGGCUACCAAAGCAACGGACAGACAUGCGAGGAUAUCAACGAAUGUGAAACCAACAUCUGCAGCUUAUUUGCUAAUUGUAUCAACACACCAGGCUCAUAUCGUUGCACUUGUCCAGAGGGCUUUGUGGGAAAUGGCUUGGCAUGUGUGGAUAUCAAUGAGUGCGACAGACAAAACAACUGUGACCGCAAUGCUGUAUGUAUCAAUUUGCUCGGAAGCUACGAAUGUUCCUGUCGAUCUGGGUUUCUGGGAGAUGGACGGAAGUGCACUGACGUUAACGAAUGUGCCACAGGAAACAUUUGCACAGCCAACUCUGUCUGCGUCAACACGCCCGGUUCCUUCUUCUGUGACUGUGGCCCAGGAUACAACUACAGUCAAAACCAGUGUUUCGAUGUGGACGAAUGUGCAAUUGGACACUGCAGCCCUCACGCAUCAUGUGAAAACUUACCUGGCUUGUUUAGCUGCACAUGUCUGACUGGUUUCGAAGGCGACGGUAUCUUUUGCAAGGAUGUGGAUGAGUGCGCUUUCGGAAGGCAGUGCCACUCAAAUGCACUCUGCAUUAAUGUUCCGGGGACCUUCAAUUGCAGCUGUAUGGUGGGAUACAUCGGGGAUGGUCGGUUGCAGUGCUCCGAUGUGAACGAGUGUCUUGUGGAUAAUGGGGGCUGCAGAAACAGAGCAACGUGUGUUAACAGUGUGGGGUCUUUCUCCUGCAACUGCCCCCCAGGGUUUCGGCUAGUCAAUCGUACCACUUGCCAGGACAUAGAUGAAUGCCAGAUAACGGAACAGGCUUGUGGCACCAAUGAGCAGUGUUUAAAUACAGAAGGGUCUUACACAUGCCAGUGUAAAGCAGGCUUCAGUCGGAUCACCGAGGUUUCAGAAUGCUCCGAUAUUGACGAAUGUGGAAGGACACAGCCUUGUCACCACAAUGCCACAUGCUUGAAUUCAUUAGGCUCGUUCACAUGUACCUGCAAACGGGGCUUCACGGGAAACGGUGUCAUGUGUGAGGAUGUCAAUGAAUGUGCCAUCGAGGGUUCUUGCCAUCUACAUGCUUUUUGUUACAACUAUCCCGGUGACUUUUCAUGCUCAUGCAAUCAAGGCUUUACAGGAGAUGGCUUCACCUGUACAGACUUAGAUGAAUGUGUCCUCUCGAAUUAUACUUGCCCGGAUAUCUCUCUGUGUGUCAACUCCCCUGGAGCCUAUGUCUGCUCUUGUCUAAAUGGCACAAUAGCAUACAACGACACUUGUGUUACCCCUAGUCCUGAGUGUGAUCCUACCUGCCACCCGCAUGGACUGUGUCAUGCUUCAUCUGCAGGGUUUCAGUGUGUGUGUGAUGUGGGUUUCCAGGGGGAUGGAGUCACUUGCUCGGACAUCGAUGAGUGUGAGGAGAAUGUUUGCCCUAGGAAAGAGACAGAAUGUGUGAACAACCCGGGAUCUUAUUCCUGCAAAUGCAGAGUUGGUUAUGCACUUAAUGGAACAGAAUGUACAGAUCUGGAUGAAUGUGAGUCUGGAGAUAAUGACUGUAGCACGUUUGCACAGUGUAUCAACACCAUAGGGAGUCACCAGUGUAUCUGUCUCAACGGCUUCUCUGGGGAUGGAAAAAACUGCUCUGAAAGUGACCUGUAUCCAUUUGGAGAGGAAGCUGGUGAUGCUGUGUUGCUCUUGACAGUGCCGGAUGGAAACUCUCCUUAUAUAACUCCUCCUACAGGAUUUCCAUUUAUGGGCAUGUUAUAUGACCGUCUGUUUUUUUCAGAUAAUGGCUUGGUGCAGUUCCAGUCAGUCAGUGAGAAUGAGAAACUGUUGCUGCCUGCACCAUUUCCAGGAGGUUUCAGAGGUAAUGAGAACCUGGCCAUGCUGGCAGUGUUUUGGGAUGAUGCUGACCUCGCACUCGGGGAUGGAAAGCUGUCAUACCAGGAAUACAAUCAGUUAGAUUUAUCUGACAUUUACGCUGAAAUAAUAUUCAACCGCACUGCACAAGAUGUUACCAAAUUUGAGGCUCAAAAUGGCAAAGCAUCCUUCACUCCCUCCUGGAUAGUAAAAAUCACAUGGGAUCACGUUCUACCUGUCUUCCAUCAAAAGAUCAAUCUGUCUGAGAGCAACACCUUCCAGUGUAUUCUAACCACGGAUGGUCAGCGAUCUUUCGCUUUGCUCCGCUACAGCGACAUGAACUGGGGCCCGGGACAGAGGACCAAUCAUGAUGCUCUCAUAGGCUACACUGAUGGCAAGGACAACUUCCAUAACGAGAUUCCAAAGCCACCAAAUAACCUGUUUGGCCCCGGAGGGCGCUAUCGUCCCCAGACUGUUACGGGUAACACGGGCGUUCUGGGGCAACUGGUGUAUGACCUGACAGGUUCGACAGACUCCAGCUCUGAUCCUCAGAGAAAGUGCCAGCUUUGGGCCUUCAGUGAGCCAGAUCCUGAAGAGUGGGCGUUAGGAUUGGCACCGUGUCCCUGUACCCGUUCUCAGGCUCAGGAGGACUUGGCCUUUGGCCCAGACACUCUUCCGUCACAACAGAUGGCGUUGGUGAGGGAGCUGAGGGAUCUUAGAUGGGGUGGCAGGAGGGGCCGUGUCUUUCAGUCCGUUCUCUUCAACAGACAAAGGGCUGGAAAGAGAUGCGUGUAUGAUGCGGAGGGCCCCCUGCUGGCAGGAUACAGUGAACGGUACUUCACUGAAGACAGAACACAACAAUAUAUAGAAAAGGAUCUCUCACCCUUCCAGUGGUGCUGUGUUCAAUCUCCUCUGUGCAGUCUAUACUUGGAAAAGAGACCACUAGAUAGGUGCCAAGGGUACAGCUGGAGCAGCUUUGACAGUAACAUACCUGGGAGCAGAGGAGCGCCGGGCAUGGGUUUGGCAUACGGAAGUCUUCACUUCGUCACUUUUGACGGCAGUGAAUAUACCUUCAAAGGUUUAGGGGAGUUUGUCAUAGUGCGUCUGUCCUCCAGCACAGGGUCAAAUAUCUUCACCCUGCAGGGAGAGACGGCUCCUCUGGUGACCGGUGGGCAGCCCAAGCGAGUGCCUGCUCUAGUGAGAUUAGCUGCCUUCUAUCAGGGUGUUGGAAAGGUGGAGUGGCGUUGUGCUGAGUCUGGAGAUGGGCUUAAGAUCCUUGUCAAUGAUGUGGUCGUACCUGUGUUUGUAGGAGUAGUGCAUGUAGGCGAGCAGGGCUUUGCAGUGCGCUGUAUCACUAAGAGUCGAUGUGCGGUGGUGUACACCGAGGGUCUGAACGUGGCCGUGUGGAGGGAUGACGCAGGCAGGCUGGCCGCUCUGGUGGAGGUCCCUCAACGCUUCUACAACCGUACACUGGGUUUGCUGGCCCACUGGAGCUCCAACAGGACAGAUGACUUUCUGCUUUCCAAUGGACGUCUGCUGCCCUCUGUGAAUAACACUACUCCUUCUGAACAGAGCCUGAUUCCAUUUGGACAGUCAUGGGCUGUACCUGCUCCAGAGAGCCUUCUGUUCUCACAGCCUCCGGUGAUCCCAUUCAAUCCCAUCACAACAGAAGAGCUGCUGUCCUCAGUGAGUCCAGACGUGCUGGCCAGACACAGUCAGACCUGCCAGAGCAGCAUUCAGUGUGUGCAUGACAUCCUGGCCACAGGCAACACAAAGCUCGGCCAGGAGGCUCUGGAGGACCAGCAGCACCUUCGCACCAGGACACAGAUUUACGGGAAUAUGCCGCCCAUUGUGACAGAGCCAACUGUGAUCAAGUGUAAGAUCGAUACUACGGUCAGAGUGCAGGUUAAGGCCCAGGAUCCAAACAGAGACCAGAUCACCUUCUCUUUGGCCUUACCACGUCCUCCACGAGCCACCAUAGGCAGCGGUGAUGGAGUUCUGGUAUGGACCCCUCAGAGUAUACAGCCAGUAAAUCUGACCAUUCAAGUGAGCGAUCAGACAUCGAGCACUAUGAUCAGCCCCGUCCUUCAGCUCUGUAACUGUUUGAAUGGAGGAAGUUGUCAAUAUAACAGUGUGGUGGAGAACUAUCUACAGGGCAAGUUUCAGGUUGUAGGAUGUCUGUGUCCUGAAGGUUUCAGUGGCAAGUACUGUGGCGAUAAAACAGAUGUGUGUAAAGGCAAACCCUGUUUUCCUGGAGUUGAGUGCUUUAGACAGAAGGAACCGGACAGUUUCACAUGUGGCCAGUGUCCUUUUCCAACCGUCUAUCAGGACAAACCAGGAUACAAGUGCUUUGAAAAUGACUUCUGCCUUCCUCCAUUUCCCUUCCCCUGUCAUGAGAUGGCAGAUUGCACCAGCACCGGCUACAACUACACAUGCAAAUGCAAGCCUGGCUACACAGGAAGCGGUAAAGAGUGCACAGAUAUAAAUGAGUGUUUGGACCCCUCGGCAUGUCCCAACGCCAAGUAUGAAUGUAUGAACACACCGGGAUCAGUGCGCUGCUCGUGCCGCUAUCAGAAAACCAGAGACUCUGAUGGCUGCGGAGAGUCUGCUAAUCCCACAGGCUGGAAUGUGUUUAAUGUGUCUAUGGGCUGGAAAGAUCAAAAGUCUGAACAGGGACUGAAUCAGCUCGAAGAAAUGCUGUCUAUGGGCUUCCAGAACAAGUUCUACAAUGCCAGAGUUUCAUCUCCUGAUCCAGUAACAGCAGGCGGUCUGAAUGAGUACAGGAUUAAUGUGUCUAGUGACACUCCACACUGGUAUGUCAUGGACUAUCUUACCAGAGUCAGUCAGUACUACGGCAUCCGUUCAGCCUAUGUGGAGGACCUUGACGAAUGCAAGACAAAUGAGGCUGUGUGUUCCAAACCUGCCCAGUGUGUCAACACCUACGGCGGCUACAGGUGUGUGUGCAAUGGCACAGAUCUGAAGGAAAUACAGUCGUGUAUAUUAGAUUGGAGCGGUAUUAACCGUACAGACCUAACAAACGCUCAGUCUGUGGAGGAUAAGAAGUCUUUAAUUUUGGGACUGGUUCUGGGCAUUGGCAUCCCGCUCCUGCUGCUGCUGCUUCUGGCCGCUCUCGCCUGCUUCUGCUGCUCACGCAAGAAAACUGUCACUGGGGAUAUUCCUCACCUGCUGCCCGAGUACGUUCAGGAGAAGUUCCACCCUCCAUUUAACUUCGAUGACCCCGCCCUGCAAUACUUCACCCACUGCAGCCCGCGUAUACUUGACAACCUCACUAUCCAACACAUGCGUCACUACCGAUAACAUUUGCCAUCCAGCUGUCUGGUUCACCUAGCAUCAGUGCAGUUGUAUAUUAUAAUGUGUUUUAAAAAUUAGAACAUGACAUAAUGAAUGAUAUAUUAUUUAUGUUAAACAGAGAUUGACUGAGCCCUGCUAAAUGAUUGCGUUUUGCUUGAAUUAUAAUAUAUGAGGAAUGAGGAAUAAUAUGUUAUUAUAUUUAUAAGUUAUUGUUACAAAACAGGCUUCCUUUUUUAUGAAAAACUCUGGGAAUAUUGUAACUUGGAAAUGAUUGUCAGCUGUAACUAACAUCAUAUAUAAGUGCAUCAUCAACCCUUCAAAAGACCUUAAGCGAUAGUUCACUCCAAAAUGAAAAUUAUGUCAUCAUUUACUCACCCUCAUAUCAUUUCAAACCUGUAUGACUUUCUUUCUUCUGCAGAACACAAAGGAAGAUAUUUUGAAGAAUGUUGGUAACCUAACGGUGGCACCCGUUCACUUCUAUUGUAUGGCCACAAAACCAAUGCAAGUCAAUGGGUAGCUUACCAAAAUUAUUUGGUUACCAGCAUUUUUCAAAAUAUCUUAUUUUUUGUUUUGUAGGAUAAAGAAAGGUAUAUAGGUGGAUCAUCUCUUUAAACAUUGAUGAAUGUUUAUAAUGAUUAUCAUGUUUUUACACCCAGUCAUGCUUUCCUCUAAUAAAGUAUGUUUUUUAUAUAUUAGACAGCCCCUUUCUUAAAUAUUUUCUUUAUUAGGUUUUCACAUUUAAGUAAGGGAUAUUUCACAGCUAGCCGUGCGUUAAAG